CUUUGUUGUGGUCGCUGUCCACAUUUCACGCGCGUUUUUCAACCUGCUUCUGAGGCGUGGACGGACGGACGGCUACGCGGAGUCGGGUGGGGGGGAACCCCGGUCCACAUAAAAACGGGUGUACUGUCUCUUUAAGGUGCGAGAGCUGCUGCGUUUCGUAUCGAUCCAUCCACCAUUUUCCAACGCGCGCAGCAGCGGCGGCAGAGCACAGCGACGGCGGUAGCACAGACACCCCCACCUGGAGACGCCAGGACCCGGGGCAGUCAUGGCAGCGAACAUGUACCGGGUCGGAGAUUACGUCUACUUUGAAAAUUCUUCAAGUAACCCCUUAUUGAUAAGAAGAAUAGAGGAGCUCAACAAGACAGCCAAUGGCAACGUGGAAGCCAAGGUGGUUUGUUUCUACAGACGCAGGGACAUCUCCAGCACGCUCAUCGCCCUGGCAGACAAGCAUGCAAGGGAGAUGGAGGAGGAGAUGGAAAGUCCUGAGAUUGUGGAUCUCCCAGAGAAACAGAAGCACCAGCUGAGGCACAGGGAGCUCUUCCUCUCCCGUCAACUUGAGUCCUUACCGGCCACGCACAUCAGAGGGAAAUGUUGUGUUACUCUGCUGAACGAAACGGAGGCGCUCAAGUCCUACCUGGACCGGGAGGAUGCUUUUUUCUACUCCUUGGUGUAUGACCCCCAGCAGAAGACGCUCCUGGCUGAUAAGGGGGAAAUUCGUGUUGGGAACAAGUAUCAGGCUGACAUUACGGACCUCCUCAAAGAAGGUGAGGAUGAUGGAAGGGACCUGUCCAAACUGGAAGAGAAAGUAUGGGACCCCAGCAGCCCUCUGACGGAGAAACAGAUCGACCAGUUUCUUGUAGUAGCCCGGUCGGUGGGGACCUUUGCACGUGCCCUCGACUGCAGCAGCUCUGUUCGGCAGCCCAGCCUCCACAUGAGCGCGGCCGCUGCGUCUCGAGACAUCACGCUGUUCCACGCCAUGGAUACCCUGCACAAGUCGGGCUACAGCAUGUCACGGGCAAUAGCGGCACUGGUCCCGCAGGGCGGCCCUGUCCUGUGCCGGGACGAGAUGGAAGAGUGGAGCGCCUCGGAGGCCAACCUUUUCGAGGAGGCGCUGGAGAAGUACGGCAAGGACUUCACUGACAUCCAGCAGGAUUUUCUCCCGUGGAAGUCGCUAACGAGCAUUAUCGAAUACUACUACAUGUGGAAGACAACGGACCGAUAUGUACAGCAGAAACGGUUAAAAGCUGCAGAAGCUGAAAGCAAGCUAAAGCAGGUCUACAUCCCGAACUACAAUAAGCCAAACCCAAACCAGCUGAGUGUGAACAAUGUGAAGCCAGGUUUGGUGAACGGAGCUGGCACAGUGAUGGGUGCCCCAGGCCAGGCUGCGACAUUGGGCCGAGCCUGCGAGAGCUGCUACACUACCAGCUCCUACCAGUGGUAUUCCUGGGGACCUCCCAACAUGCAGUGCCGAUUGUGCGCCUCCUGCUGGACAUACUGGAAGAAGUAUGGUGGCCUGAAGAUGCCAACACGGCUGGAUGGGGAGCGACCAGGACCCAACCGCAACAACAUGAGUCCCCACAGCCUGCCAGCACGGCACAGCGGGAGCCCCAAGCUGGCUGUGAAGACGCGGCAGGCCUUCUACCUACAGACGUCCCAGCUGACCCGGGUUGCACGGCGGAUCUGCCAGGACCUACUGCGCUCCCGAUACCUCGCUCGGCACCCCUAUACACCUGUCAACACAGCCGCCAUCAAGGCAGAGUGUGCGGUGAGGGUGCCAGAGAUGCCCAAAAAUCCAAUACCAUCCAAGCAGAGUGUGAGGAAACCGCUGGAGUCCGUGGUGCAGUAUCUAGAGGCCCACCCAUGUCCUCCCAGACCAGACCCACCACGUGGCACCACCAUCUCUACGGGAAGCCUGACACCCAUCAAGUCCUCGCCCAUCCUCAACAAUGGCUCCCCCACCAUCUUGGGAAAGAGGACUUAUGAGCAGCACAACGGCCUUGAUGGAACAAAGCCAAAAACCCUAACGCCACAGUGGGAGAUUGUGGCCAAAAGGUCAUCGGACCCUGGUCGGACCACCACCCCCCAGCAGGAUGAGGUACACGAGCUGGACUGACGGUAAUGGUGAUCUCCUUUUUGGCCAACCUAGAAGUUAGCAGGUAGUUUCAGAAGCAUUUUUUGAAUGCCACUGACAAGGUUGCAAGGGGGAGCACACCAAACAGUUGCCACUUUGCCCUGCAACUCUGGCACUCGAGUGAGAUCAGCUGUCAAAGAAUCAUCACUGAAGACGGAACGUGUUUUGGCCCGUCGUACGACUCAUCAGACUGCAGAGGACUAUGCUUAAUAUUACCGUAAUUGUUACUAUUGUCAUUGUAAUUAUUAUUCUUUUUUAUUGACUAUAACCCUUGCCUAUGAGUUAACUGUGGAGCAACGAAGAAACUUUUUGAGUUUCAAGAAAUGAACUGCUUGUAUACCCUCGGAGUAGGGUAGAAGGACUUUGUAACAUAACCUACAUGCAUCUUUUUUAAUGUGUUUAAAGAAACUGACUCAAAGGAGGUGAACAAUAAGUUCAGUGACAUGAAUAACUCCUGUUUCUGUUCAUUACUUUUUCCUUUUGGAGCUUUCGGUUUUCUUCUGUUUGUGAGGUGGCCCUGUCCUUUGGCCUGAGCGGUUUAACUUAUUGAGACAAAAAAAAAAAAAGAAAUGUGCUGUUUUUUCUACCUUUUUCACAACUGAUACAUCUACGCUUCGAUGAUGUAAUUAAGAAAUAAAUGGAACCUUUCUCUUUUGUGAUUACAUG